AUGCAGGUUAUCAAAGAUGACAUGGCGAUGACAUACCACAUGGAAGGAUCUGUUAAUGGGCAUUCCUUUACAAUCGAGGGUGAAGGCAGCGGGAAGCCGUACGAGUAAGUCGAUCAACACACCUCCCUUCAUCUUUAGGUCAUGUUAAGUGCAAUAGUACUUCACUGUUAUCAGUCGGGAGAAUGAGAUUUCUAACACCAGAAAGCUCAGAAACAAUUCCGAGCUCCAGGUGAGAAUCGAACUCACGACCCUCUGAGUUCUAGUUCGGAUGCUCUUGAACCACCGAGCCACUGGGGGCUCUAUUAACCCUUUAAACCUAAGAUGAAAAUUUAAAUUCUCAUUUGUUGCCCCUAUUCAUUUCCCACGGAAGUAGUAAGGAGAAGUUGAUAAAAUAUCAAGCAAAUUCAUCGUGUAUGAUCAUAGAUCAUGUCUGUUAUUCUCGUGACCGUCUGUUUUACAAAGCAUUGAUACUACAAGGAGAAAUUUGAUGCUGAUCACUCUUAGGGCCUAUUGGUUGAAGGCGCGAGUAGGGUAGAUAUUUAAUUAUAACUACACCAGUCAUUAAGUUCACUUAAGAGAAUAAAGCUAGUCAUCAACUUGCGAAUAUUUUUACGAUGCAAAGUCAAAUUCUCAAAUUAUUUUAAAUCAGCUGUACUAAGUAUAAAGCGAAAGAUUCCGAAAACUCAAUCAUACCAAAAGAGAUAUUAUGGCCUUUGGUGCAAUAGGAAGUUCUAUGAAGUGAAAGUGGUUUUACUAAUCAUCACAAAAAAACAGAAAUUAAUAACAACUUUCCUUUGAAUGGUAAAUCUGACACGGAUAUGAUGAAACACGAUGGUUUUCAGCAAUAGGCGAUGACGAUCGUUAAUUUUUUGCUGAUAGAUCAGGAUCAAACGUCAUUUAUAUGAUCAUAUUUACGCAAACUAUUAUCUCAAAGGUGCCACAGUGAUGAUCUAUUAACCCUUUAUUUCCAAAAUUGCUUUUUUAAAAAUUGGUUUACGGAUUAGUUUUUUUUUUCUGAAAAAGAAACAAAUAAAAAAUUAUUACAUUAAACUGUUCAACAGUGUUAAAUGCUUUGGGGUGUAGUUAAGUAUUAUGAAAGAGGUAUUUUGUCGCGACAGGACUUGCCAAUAAUCUUUUCGAAUGGCGCGAAUUAGCAUUGCAGAAUCGAAAUGAAACUAAAUUAUAUAGCAGGCUGUCCUAACUUUUUCCUGCUAUUCAGUUAAAUUACUCUGAUAAAUGGGCAGUGUUUAGCCUAGUUCUCAAAAGGCUCUUCUCUGCUUUUCAUAUUUUGUUUAAUUCGUUUUUGUGUUUGUUGUUUUAAUUUUUUGUAGAGGAAAACAGACUUUAAAACUGCGAGUAACCAAGGGUGGUCCCCUCCCAUUCUCCUUUGACAUAUUGUCAGCUGUGUUUUGCUAUGGUAACAGAGCCUUCACUGAUUAUCCUAAAGGAAUCGUUGACUAUUUCAAGCCAUCAUUUCCUGAUGGAUACACAUGGGAAAGAAGUCUUAAAUUUGAAGAUGGCGGAUCUUGCAUAGCCAAUGUGGAUAUAAGGUAUAAAUUUACUAAUUUUACGAUCAAAGACGCUUAAAAUUUAGAAUUAACUAAUUAAUUAUAAGAAAUAUAACAAUAUUGAUAACAAUAAUAAUAAAAAUAAUACAAAAAUAAAUUUUGUUACUGUCUCAUAAGUUCCUUUCACUUCGAUAGCCUUGACAGUAAACGCAACUGCUUUAUCCACAAGUCCACUUUCACUGGGAUGAAUUUUCCUGCUGAUGGACCAGUGAUGCAAAAGAGAACAACUAAUUGGGAGCCUUCCGUCGAGAAAAUGACUGUGAGCGAGGGGAUAUUGAAGGGAGAUGUUAUCAUGUUCCUCUCGCUGAAAGAUGGGAAAAAGCACCGUUGCCAGUUCCAUACGUUAUACAAGUAUGUUUUUUAAGUUUCUUUCUCAAAGUAACAAUAUUAGAGAACAGUUUAAGAUACCACGACGUCGGUGGCGAGCAAACGUCACUUAAAAAGUGACUUCACGUUCAUUGUUUCAUUACUCAGGUUUACCUUCUUAGCUUUUUGAUACUUUGGUUAACUACAUCUAGUUACGCUCUCAACGAUCCAGGCCCUCAGAUUUUGGGGACAGUGCAAAUUAAAAGUGAGCAGGAAAAAAUGAUUAUCUAAACGCCUGGAACUGCAGGUUACACGAGUAACUGGUUUAUAUUUUGGUCAAACCCAACUUUCAACGAUCGUUCCAGAGUAUUCACCCUAGGCUUUGAGUACUUCACGUGGGUGGCAUUCUCUAGGUUUAAAAUGGAAUUGUGUUACAACACAAUAUAUAUUUUUUUCUACACAGAGCAAAGAAGGCUGUCGAAUUGCCGACAGAAAGCCACUAUGUGGAGCAUCGCCUGGUGAGGACUGACCUUACUGCUGUAGAAGUUCAACUGGAUGAGCAUGCUGUUGCACGUUUAAACACCGUGUGA